GAUUGUGCGCGACACGGACAACGUCAAGGCGGACAGGAUGGCUCGAUAACAAAAGAGGCUGCCUAAAAUAUAAUAUUUCUUCAUUCAUAGCCAUUUUCUAAUUUAAUCGAUAAUUACCCUGUACUUGUUUUUGGCAUCAUUUGUGACAAACUCAAGAGGACCAAUGUCUUUUCUUCGUUGGGUAUCUGAGAAAUUGAGUGUGGAGAGCCUACGGGAUUUGGAGUUAUUUGGAGAGCAAGCUCAGGGAUUCUCACACAGGAAAGCCCAUGAAGAGAGUCAGGAGAGUCUGACAUCACUCCCCCGUCGAGACACCAUGGGCAGCUUCCUGCCUGAUAGCAGCUCAUAUGAGCUACUGGCUGUAAUUGGGAAGGGCUUAGAUGACUUGAUGACAGUGAACUUGGCUCAAUACAGACCCACUGGGGAGCAUGUGGCCAUUCGACGGAUUGAUUUGGAGUCAUGCACUAAUGAUAUGGUUACCUACCUGCAGGGUGAACUACAUGUGUCAAAGUUGUUUCAUCACCCCAGUAUCCUACCAUACAAAAGUGUCUUCAUUGCUGAAAAUGAGCUUUGGGUUAUUACACCAUUCAUGGCUUAUGGAUCAGCAAGAGAUCUCAUCUGCACACAUUUUGCAGAUGGUAUGAGUGAGCUGACCAUUGCAUACAUUUUGCUAGGCAUGCUUAAAGCUCUUGAAUACAUCCACCACAUGGGAUAUGUACACCGGAGUGUGAAGGCCAGCCAUGUCUUGAUAUCUGCAGAUGGACAGGUCUGCAUGUCGGGUCUGCGAAGUAUCUUCAGUCUUAUCCGUCAUGGCCAGAGAGCUAAAGUGGUCCAUGAUUUCCCCCAGUACAGUGUAAAGGUGCUGCCUUGGCUUAGUCCUGAAGUACUCCAACAGAAUUUGCAGGGUUACGACUCUCGAUCAGACAUCUAUAGUCUUGGCAUUACAGCCUGUGAAUUGGCCAAUGGACACGUGCCCUUUAAAGAUAUGCCAGCUACACAGAUGCUGCUUGAGAAGCUAAAUGGUACAGUGCCAUGUUUGCUGGAUACCACCACUAUUCCCCCAGAGGAGCUGUCCCUGAAGCCGUCCCGCUCUGGUGCUGACUCUGGGAUCUGCGAGGGUCCAGGACCAGCAGGCGUCCGACACUCUAAUGGAGAGCCUUCCUCAUCGUCAGGAGGACAUCCAUAUAAUCGGACAUUCUCUCCACAAUUCCAUAACUUUGUUGAACUGUGUCUACAGCGAGACCCAGAACACAGACCAUCUGCCUCUUCUCUCAUUGGCCAUCCCUUCAUCAAACAGAUCAAACGGCGACCGUCUGAGGCGCUGCCUGAGCUGUUGCGGCCCGUGUCACCCAUCACUUGCUUUGAGAGCUCCCAGCCUCUGGACUCUCCUUCUGGACUGGCAAGUCUGGAAUCUGGUCUCAGUCACCUGGAUGUGGAUGACUGGGACUUCUGACAGUGGAGGACUUGGUAUGAGAGACGAGCAUAGGAUUAUACUGGAAAAACUGAGCAGACGCGAUGGCUUUUUUUUUUUUUUUUUUUUGUUAUGAUCCUCUGGG